AGCAUUGCCUUUAGUCAUGGUGGAAAUAACUUAUAUCAGUUUCGUUGUCGAGUCUUUUAGGGUGAAAGGAAAGUGAAAGUCAGAUCAGCCUUUAAACCUCCGCCCCGCCGCUGUGCCUCAGUCUGUCCGGUUCGGUUCGGCGGGAUGGCUGACGGUCCGCCGGUGGUCGUAGAGGGGGACUGGGAUCCGUCCCAGCAGAAAAGCGUCAAGCUGAAGCUGCAGGUUUACUUCCAGAGCAAGAAGAAGUCUGGCGGAGGAGACUGCCGGGUGGAGCUGGAGGACGACGCCGCCAGAGUCUACUUCAGCUCCGGGGAGGUGAGAGAGCAGGUCCUGCUGAGGCAGGACCACCAAAUCCUCCUGGGGGAGAAGAUGGUCAAGUUAAAGCUGACGUCAGAAGCGAGUCACCUGGAAAAGAACUCAGCAAACAAGCAGACAAAUCCAGGAGGAUCAUCAGAUUUAAAGAGUCCAGAGUCUGAAGAUGAACCUGAAGAUGGAUCAGCAAAGCCAGACAUUGAAGACUCUCAGGCCGGUCCGCCCCCCGCUGUGGUUCUAGAGAACAUCUCAGACGACUUGUCCAGAGAUCUGCUGAUGAUGCUGGUGGAGAACAUCUCUGGCGAGAACGAGAACGACUUCAGUCUGGAGAUCCUCUGGGAGUCCCACGUGGCUGUGGUCACUUUCAGCAGCCCUGCCGCUGCAGAGAAGUUCAUGUCUGUCUGCGAGAAGCACCCCAAGCUCCACAAACACGGCCUGACCGCUCGACCACUGGAGACGGCCAAGAGCGUCCGAGUGGAGAGUCUUCCUCCAACUGUGAGCCAAGACAUGCUGGAGCUUUGGUUGGAGAAGUCCUGGGUUCUUCCAAACAACGUAGUCAUGAUUCCUGAGGAACAAGCCGCCAUCAUUUCCUUCAGCGAUCCCAAAGUUGUUCGAAGUAUUUGCAGAACAGUAAACCACAUGCUACGGUCUAUCCCUGUCAACUUGUACUCUUACUAUGAAUCUCUUGGAAGUGCCCUGUACGGCAAAGACCGCCCACCUUGGAAAAUGCCCAAGCCCUUGACAGAAAGUGUCCACCCUGUGAUCUGGAAGUUCCUCCACAUGAAGAAUCUGUUGAAAAGCAUCAGUGAUCAGAUGAGCCCUCACUUCUGCAGUGUGAAGAUAGAUGACCCUGAAGCACAACUCAGCCCUCUGCAGAGCUUUUUAUGGCAGAAAGGUCUAACUGCUACAGAUGUAGAUAACUGGACACAGAACGCCCAACAGGCCUUCCACCGUUUAAUGUCUGAGUACUCUGCCUUUGAGUGUGUGAUGAGUACAAAAGCUUGGAAAGUUGCAGAGAUGGACAUCAGUUCAGUAACAAAGGAGGUUGCUGCUGUUGACUUUGAUACUUCAAGAGAAGUUUUGUCUGUUGCCGGUCGAGCUGAUGACAUGCAGAAAAUCAGAGCUCCUGUGGAGAACAUUGUGCUUAAAGCAAUGAGUCUCAUUGAACGGCAGGAAAAAGGCAUCACAGAGGACAUGCAGUUGUCCCCUGCAUGGUUCUUCAUCCUGAAGCAGGAAGGGCUGCAGAAAGCUGCCAUGGACAUCUCACCAGAGCUGCUCCUCUCAUACAAUGAAGGAACCGAGAAGUUAACCAUGAAAGGAUUCUUGGAGGAAGUGUUGAAAAUGAAGUCAUGGAUCUUAGAAAAGAACUGGAAAAUGCCUAAAAAAACAGUAUUUAUUCAACCAGCACUUCUAGAGUAUCUCAAGACCAUGAAUCCCAUGGACAUGUCAAAACACUUGUUUACUUCUCAUGGCAUAAGUGCAGUAUACUGCAUUGACACCAAAGGGAUUGUCCUGAUGGGGACUUCUGACAAAGUCCUUGCCGAUGCAGAGGAGAAAAUAAAGGCAGAACUGCUUGUUCAGUCUCUUCAUGUGAAAGAUAAGGAAGUUCUGAAGCUUAAAACCUGGGAAGACCUGAACAAAAACCUGCUUGAUGGCUUCAACAGCUCAAGCAAGAAAACAGUCACAAUUCAGCUCGACCAAGAAAGACAACUCAGGGUCACUGUGGCUGGCUUUAUGAACCCUGUCAAAGAGGUGAGCAGUGCUUUGAGGAAGUUCAUUGAAGACAACUCAAGAGUUAAUGAAGACAUCCGUGUCCGUUCCUGUGCUGCUGUUGGGUUCAUGGAAAAGAAAAAGAGACGGAGUUGGCUUAGCAUUGCCAAAGAAAACAAUGUGUUUGUUAAAUUUGAUUCAGAAAGGUCAAGAAUGACCUUCAGCGGGGCUCAUAUCAAUGUCCAGAAAACAAAAACCGCCAUCCUGGAACUGGUUAAUGCUCUCUGCACUGACACCUUAACUGUGGAUAAGCCUGGCGCCAAAAAGUUCUUCCAGUCUCAGGGAGGCAUGUUCUUGUCCACAAUAAUGACAGAGUUGAACUGUGUUGUGCUGCUUCAGUCUGAGAUUCCAGAGGAAGAGGAGGAAGAGAGCUUUGGUGAAGAAAACAGUCUUUGUUACUGCAGAGUUCAGACCAACUCUGGUCUUCAGCUUUCCGUCAGCAGAGGAGAUAUCUGCAGUUUUAGUGUUGACGCCGUGGUCAAUGCAGCCAAUGAAGACCUGCAACACUUUGGUGGCCUGGCGUUGGCGCUGCUUAAGGCUGCAGGCCCACAGCUCCAAAAGCUCAGUGACGAUUACGUGGCUAAAAACGGAAAAGUAAGGCCAGGCGACGCCGUCGCAACAGAUGCAUGCAACCUCUCCUGCAAGUACGUCAUCCAUGCAGUCGGUCCACGGUUCUCUGACUAUGACAAGAAGAACUCUGUGUCCCGACUGAAAUCUGCAGUUAAGGAAAGUCUGAGAGAAGCAGAGAGGGUCAACUGUUCCUCCAUCGCACUUCCAGCAAUCAGCUCAGGCGUGUUUGGUUUUCCUGUUCAGCUCUGCGCUGACACCAUAGCCCAGGCCGUGAGGGAGUUUUGUGACAGUCCGCAAGAUCCACGGACCUUGACUGAGAUUCACCUGGUCGACAACAAAGAAGACACCAUCAAAGUCAUGGCCACGGCUGUUAGCAAGGAGUUCAGUGACCUCGGACCGGUCAUGACAAUCCCCCAGCAGAGGAUCAACAAGGCCCCCAAGCCUUCAGGUGGCCACCUGAAGGGUCGAGGCAGUAAGGGGGCGUUGGCCAGAGGCCAUCCUUCCACAGAGAGGGGAGCAGAAGGAGGAAGACAGUUAGCAAACCAUCAGGUCAACAGGGGGGGUCAGAGUCCCAAAGAACCUUCCGGACACGAUCAGAAUUUGAGGCAGAAGAGGGCGGAGCAAUUCACAGCUAAUGGACUGAAGAUUGUCCUUCAUCAAGGCAACAUUCAGGACCAGACUACAGACGUCAUCAUCAACUCCGUGGCUCGUGACUUGGACCUGACCCAGGGCGUCGUUUCCAAGGCCAUCCUGGAGGCAGCGGGUCCUGAACUGCAGCGGGCCGUUCUCUCUGAAUCCGGACUCUCGUCCGGCCGUGUGGUCGUCACCGAUGGCUUCAAUCUCAGGUGUCAGAAAGUGUUCCAUGUUGCCUGUCCCGCCUGGGAUGGUGGAAGAGGCAACACAAUGAAGGAGCUGGUGUCCAUCAUCCAAUCCUGUCUGGAAGAGGCAGAAAAAAGCCGGAUGGCAUCCAUAUCUUUCCCUGCAUUAGGAACAGGAAACCUGGGUUUUCCCAAAGGCUCGGUUGCCAAAGUCCUGCUGAAAGAAAUCCACCAGUUCAGCAGCAGGAGUCGUCCUCGUUUCCUGAGGGAGGCCGUCCUCGUCGUGCACCCCAGCGACAGGGAGAACGUAGACUGUUUCACCAGAGAGUUCUCAGGCAAAACCGGUCCAAGAAACAGCCAACAGGGGUCUCUGGGUUUCCCCCCGUCUGACCUUCAACAGUCUAGAUCCUCCCCGGCAUCUUCGUCGUCGUCCUUCAGCGUGGUCUCCUCCCCCUCCCUCGGCGUGUACCACAUGCAGCUGGGCCAGCUCACCUUGGAGGUCUCCUCAGGCGACAUCACCAAGGAGUCCUGUGAUGUCAUCGUCAACUCUACCAAUCCGACCUUUAACCUUUACGCAGGAGUGUCAAAAGCGAUCUUAGACUGCGCUGGAGGUGAGGUUCAGAGGGAGUGUGAUCAAAUCGUGCAAUCUUCACCUCACAAGCGUAUCGUCAUGACUAAUGCCGGUCAGCUUCCAUGCACCAAGAUCAUCCACGUUCCCGGCCACAACGACCCUGCAAACAUUAAAGGCACAGUCUUUGAUGUUUUGAAGUAUUGUGAGGACAAAAGGCUCUCCUCGAUCGCCUUCCCAGCUUUGGGAACAGGUCAGGGCGGAGCCAACCCGUCAGCUGUGGCCGACGCCAUGGUUGAUGCCGUGGUGGACUUUGUGAGGAAGAAAACCCCCCAGUUUGUUCAGAGCGUGAAGAUCCUGAUCUUCCAGAUGCAGAUGAUUAGAGACUUUCACAACAGCAUGAUGAAGAGACAAGGAGAGGAGGUGCAGGAGAAGAGCCUCUAUGGGAAGUUCAAAGACGUCCUCACCUCAUUGAUCGGGUUUAGAGGACAGCAGCCCCCCAAGACUGACUGGGUGCUUCAGAAAGAAGAGUUUGAUCCUGCUGUGUUUCAGCUGUGUGCAGAGAACCAAAAGGACGUAAAUGUGGCCAAGAAGAGGAUCACAGACCUGAUCAUGCAUGAACAGGCUAAGAAAACCAUCUCCGACCCGUACAUCAACCAGCUGUCCUCAGCCGACGUCCAGGAGCUGAACGACCUGCAGAGGAAACUGACGGUGAGCCUCCGCCUGGAGAGAGGGGACAACGAGGAGGAGUCCAGGAUCCAUCUGGAGGGUUUGACCCGAGACGUCUUCAGCGCAGAGUCUUCCAUCAGGGACAUCAUACGGAAAGUUGAGAGGAACGAGGCCUUGAGGAGCAAAGCCAUCUUGGUGAGUGGACUGGUGGAGUGGCAGUACCAGGACCAAUGGGGGAACAUGGUACCCUUUGACAUUCUCACCAACCUCAAACUGGAGGAAGCUCUGGAGAAGAAACAACAAGUGAAGAUCACAAUCAACAACAUAGAUUUUGAUGCUGAUCCAGACCAAAGAAAAGCGUCAGACGGAAGGAACUGCAUAGAGUUACUCAGGAAAGACCUGAAAGAGGACGCCCUGCCCUCACACUGGGAUCCCAUGAACACCGGCACUGUGGCGCUCUUCUCCUUGGCUGCCAGGACGCAGGAAUACAAAAGCGUGGAGAAGAAUCUGACGAAGCACGGCCUUUCUCUGAACAUCAUCAGUAUUGAGCGAGUCCAAAACAUAACUCUGUGGAAGAGCUACGAGUUCCUCAAGAAGCAGAUGGAGCAGAAGAACAAUCACAAGAACAACGAAAGAGUCCUGUUCCACGGCACCAGCGCCAACUCCAUCGAUUUGAUCAACAACAAAGGCUUCAACCGGAGCUACGCCGGACUGCACGCCGCUGCGUUUGGGAAGGGCUCCUACUUCGCUGUGAAUCCCGCCUAUUCGGCUCAGGGCUACGCCCAACCCGACAACCAGGGGCACAAGCGCAUGUACCAGGCCCGGGUUCUGGUCGGGGAUUUCACCCAGGGAAGUUCUGGCCUGAUUGUCCCUCCCUCCAAAUCUGGGCAGUCAGCUGACCUGUACGACAGUGUCACCGACAACAAGAACCCUCCAAGCAUGUUUGUGGUGUUCAAUGACAUCCAGGCGUACCCAGAAUACCUCAUCACCUUCACAUGAGUCCUCACAGUUAUGAUGUUUAAGUCUGACUAAAACGAUGAAAGUUUAUUCUAUGCAUAUUUAAUUUGGGCUGAUUCAUUUCAGAGAGUUGAUCUUUUCACUUGGGAUAUUUCAUUUUCUUCAGAGAUUUUUGUUGAGUCCAGUGUUGACCAGAGGAAGUGCACGUUCAUCAUCCUACUGUAACAGUUGUUCUGAUGUCUUUGGAGAUUGGUCUAUAAUUGUCCUCAUAAUAAAAAUGUUGAUUUCAUUA